GAGUGGGUUGGGAGCUCUUCUCUUCUAGCUCUACAACGGAAAAAAUAAGCUGCUGAGUCAAACAGGCCACCUGACGCGCGGACUCAACCGCUGAAUUGUCAUCAACGCUGUGUUUGUGCCUUUCAGACCGAAUUCGGUGACGGACUGAAAGGUUCCCGAAGUGGAGACAAAGGUGAUCUCCUCCGGAAAGCAACGGACAGUUUAGAAAUCGGCACGAAACUACAACGAAGGGCGAGAAGGAUGUUCUAUUCAUGCCGUCGUCUCAUUCUGUAGAUAGACAGAGAAAAGGACCCGUUUGGUAUCAAGCUCCUCUCUCUACCAUUCGGUGGUUCGGGGGGCGACAGAGACUGUUAAAUUCUCUGACACUGGGAGUGAAAACAACGUGACAUUGCGAAGGAAAAAUCUGCCUGUUCCCUGCUUUUAGUGGUACAGCUUUAAUGAGGAGUCAGACCUAACAACACUGCUGAAGGGGGGGACCCACAUGAACAAGUAUGGGGUCGCCAUGGAAACCUCUUCUCCUGCUGUCCGUCAUCAGUGGCCUUUCAGAUUUUUCCAAAACUGUAGCAUGGAGGCAAGUAUCAUACGCAGCAGUGUUGAGAAUGAAACCAGACAGCCCGUCGUCACUGCUAAGUUCACGGCCACAGCUCCGACACGGACAUGACCACGGUGUAGGGAUUUUGACUCCUGACUGGCCGGCAUCCUUCUCCAACCAUCACCUGUCUGCCCUCAGUCUGCUCAGCUCCCAGGAGGAAUACAGUAGCCAAGAGAGUGAAGAGUUUGGGCCAGUGUUUGUCCAGGAACCAGAUGACGCCAUCUUUCCGUUGCACUCUGAGGAGAAGAAAGUGAUGAUGAGCUGUGAAGCCAGAGGCAAUCCUGCACCUGUAUACAGUUGGUUUAUCAAUGGAACAGAAGUGGAUAUUGAGGCAGUUUACCGUUACAGCUUGAUCGACGGCAACUUGAUAAUAACCAACGCCAGCGAGACGGCAGACUAUGGGAGAUACCAGUGUAAGGCAGAGAACAGCUACGGGAUGGUCCUGAGUCGGGAUGCACUGAUACAGUUUACCUAUCUGGGGUCCUUCAGUGGGAGGACGAGAGGAGGCGUGUCUGUAAGGGAAGGACAAGGAGUGGUGCUCAUGUGUACCCCACCCCCUCAUUCUCCAGAGAUUAUCUACAACUGGGUUUUCAACGAGUUCCCGUCAUUUGUUGCCGAGGACAGCCGGCGGUUUAUCUCACAGGUAACGGGCAACCUGUAUGUCUCCAAGGUGCAGCCUAGCGACGUGGGCAGCUACAUCUGUCUGGUGAAGAACACGGUGACCAACGCCAGGGUCCUCAGCCCGCCCACUCCACUCACACUCAGAACAGAUGGUAUAAUGGGAGAAUAUGAGCCUAAAAUCGAGGUGCAUUUCCCCCAGUCUGUCCUGGCUGCCAGAGGAGUCACCGUGAGUCUGGAGUGUUUCGCCCUGGGGAAUCCCGUCCCAACCAUAACGUGGAGGAAGAUGAAUGGUAACAUCCCUAAGAAGGCUCGUCUGAGGAAAUCCCAGGCUGUUCUGGAGAUCCCUAAUGUACAGCUUGAGGACACUGGGACCUACGAGUGUAAAGCGGAGAACCCCAGGGGAGGAACAGCUUUCAAGGGACACAUCCAGAUCUACACCUUCCCCCAGUGGAUCAGCACGAUAAACGACAGCCAGUUAGACAGUGGAGAUCAGCUGCACUGGGAGUGCAAGGCCACAGGGAUCCCUAGACCCACCUACCGCUGGCUCCGCAAUGGAGAGUUGAUCACACCACAGAACAGGGUGGAGAUGGUGAAUGGAGAGCUCAUUAUCCAGAAGGUCCAACAGGCUGACUCUGGGAUGUACCAGUGUGUCGCUGAGAACAAAUACGGAGCCAUCUACUGCAGCGCAGAACUCAAGAUCUUAGCAUCGCCCCCAGUCUUCAGCCUUAACCCUGUCCAUCUGAUCGCCACGUUGGGGAAGGACGUGUUGUUGGAGUGUAAACCCCGAGCAUCUCCCAAGCCUAGAGUAACAUGGAGGAGAGGAGACAGACGCAUUCAUCCCAGCAGAAGGAUAAUGUUAUUACGAAACAACACUCUGAGGAUCAUCAACUCCACCCGCUCUGACGAGGGGGACUAUGUAUGUCGAGCUGAGAAUCAGUUUGGUUCGGCUGAGAUGACGGCCUUGCUCUGGGUAAAAGAGGCUAUGCGUGUGGAAUUGAGCCCCUGCAAAGUGGAGGUGACGGUGGGGGAGAGCGUGGUGCUCAGCUGUAAGGUGUCACAUGACCCAUCUCUGGAAGUGGCCUUCCAGUGGCUCCUCAACCAGCAGCCCCUCAACUUCCAACAGGACGGUGGACAUUUUGAAUACAUCCAAAGACAGUCCUCCACGGUGGACCUGAUGAUCAGAAGCAUCUUACUGCAGCAUGCUGGGAAAUACAGCUGCCGGGCUCAGACCAGCGCCGACACUUUGUUUGCUGAGGCUGAAGUCCUUGUCAGAGGCCCCCCAGGACCCCCUGGUGUGGUGAUAGUAGAGGAGAUCAUGGACACUACAGCCACCCUGUCGUGGAGUGGAGGGGUGGACAACCACAGCCCCAUCAGCAGCUACAAUCUCCAGGCCCGGAGCCCUUUUUCCCUGGGCUGGCAGACCCUCAGGACAGACCCAGAGCCAGUGACAGGGGACAUGGAGUCAGCCAUGGCUGUGGACCUGAACCCCUGGGUGGACUAUGAAUUCAGGGUGGUGGCCAGCAACGCUAUCGGGACAGGAGACCCCAGUGCCCCAUCCAGAGGGGUCCGGACUAAAGAAGCAGUUCCCUCGGUGGCCCCAGCUAACGUCAGUGGAGGGAACGGCCGCAGGCAUGAACUGGUCACCUCCUGGGAGCCUGUGUCUGAGGAGUUCCAGAAUGGGGAGGGCUUUGGCUACAUCGUGGCGUUCCGAGCCAAUGGGACACGAGGAUGGAAGGAGAAGAUGGUGACAUCAGCAGAUUCCUCUACAUACAAGUACAGAGACGAAACCUUCCCUCCCCUCACCCCCUUCGAAGUGAAAGUGGGCGUGUACAACAACAAGGGAGACGGACCCUUCAGUGGUGUGGUCACUGUGUACUCUGCAGAGGGAGAGCCCAGGGACGCCCCAUCUGAGGUGAAAGCUUACAGCAUUUCCUCUAAGGAAAUUAAGGUCACUUGGAAACAGAUCAACCCUGGUCCUGGGAGACCACGGGGAUACGAGGUGAGCUACAGGAAGGACAGUGAGCAGGAGGAGUCAGGGAAGAAGAAGAAGACAGCAGGUAACGAGACAUCUAUGGUGCUGACAGGGUUGGAGGGGAACAGUGUGUACGUCAUCACAGUCAGAGGCUUCAACAGUAUCGGCCAGGGCCCUGCAUCAACCGCUAACACCGCCAAGACCAAGAAAGAUCCUCCAGUCCAGCCUCCAGCCAAUCUUAUGUGGAUUCAGGAAGGAACUAACGUGUCUCUAAACUGGGAGCCGGUCAAGUCUAAAGACAACGAGUCAGAUGUCAUAGGAUACAAGGUGUUAUUGAGCCAGGAGGGGCGUGUUCACCAUCAGGUAAUGAGGACCGUCACCCCCUCGGCUGUCCUCUCUCUCCCUGAGGGGGGCACAUACAUCAUUGAGGUGCGGGCGGUGAGUGAGGGGGGAGAGGGAGCAACCAGCUCCCAGGUCAGAGUACUCACCUCUUCAGGUGUCCGAGCAAAGAGUGGCCAGUGUUCGGUUCACAGCCUGCUACCGUGGGGCCUGCCAUGGACUACUGCUCUGCUCCUCUCCGUUCCUCUGGUGCCUUCAGCUUCCUGGUGAGGCCUACACAGAGAGACCUCCUCCCUCGCUCCUCCAUCCCGCCAUCCUUCUUUACAUGGAGGGACCUCUUUCAUCCCUCCCUUCCUCAGACGGUCUGUUUUCUCUGACCUUAUCCAUAAGCCAACCAGGCCUGGGGCCUGCCGAGGACAUCCAUUUUUGACACCAACAAACCAAUGGAUGGUCAAAAAAAUAACAUUCCUUUCUUUUAUUUAAGUAUACAUUUUUCAGGAGCUGAACAAAACAUUAUUUGUGAAAACAUGUUUUUUUUUUGCACUUUUUUCCCAACAUCACUUGUGUUGAACUGUAACUGUACAUUGUUGUGGAAUUACUUUUUGUUUAAUCAUUUAAGUGUGCCCCAAAUGGCAUCCUAUUCCCUAUAUAGUCCCCUAUGGGCCUGGUCAAAAGUAGUGCACUAUGUAGGGAAGAGGGUGCCAUUUGGGAAGCAUGUUAUUUUAACUUUAUGGGCCGUUGUUUUCUUACCUGUCGACUGGCCUCUAACUGCUUCCAGGCGGCCAAAGACAUGAGGCUCUACAGAGUGUGAACAAUUCCCUGAAAGCUGCUGCUGAGGCAGUUUGGCUGUCUGGCUGUCUCUGUCCGACUGUCUGGCUGUCUGUAAGGCUGUAAUACUGGGAUCAGCCUGAUUCAGCCUCUCUUCUCAUUAGUUAUCUGUAUCCAUGUAAUCCUUGGCAGCCUAACAAGCAGCAGCUCAGUAGAGAUCAGUGUUUCCUUAUUCAUACAGAGUGAAGUGAAAGAAUAAACAUGUUUUAUAGAGAAAUGUUACUACUUCCAGCUAGCUUCUACUUCCAACUAGCUUUUUGUACAUUGUGUUACCUUUAGAAACAAAACACAAAAGUGAGUGGUGUGUGUUCCAGCUUGGUCACGGUUUCUGUUUUUCUGAUAGCAAAGAGCAAUGCUUUUCAGCACAUGUGUUGGACUGCUGGAUGUAUCAGAGGUAAGGUGAGGCAGGUAUACCUGUCCUCACCUGUAGUGCCCAAACACAUCUUUAGACAAAGACUUGAUAAGUCUGUGGAGACUCAUUGGUGUCAGUAUAAAUAAAUGUGAUGUAUAUUUUUUAAA